UAUUCACAAGGACGUCUGUUCUCCUCCAGGGGGAGUUUUCUGCCGACUGCCUGCUGAAGGAGAAUCUGGAGGAGAACCACUACACCACCUACUCCUCUCUGUCUCAUCCUGGCAUCUACCUGGCUCUGUCCCACAGGGGAGGCCUCCGGAGGGGCAGCAGUGUGGGCCGCCACCAGGCCUGCACCCACUUCCUUCCUCGAAGAACUCCCUGAGCCAGCUUUCAUCAGAACUGGACUAAUGGUUAUUCAUGUGGCCACCUCAGCAUGUGAAGAAAGCAGGUCAAGUUUUUUGUGGUAUGCUUGACACGCGUGCAGGGAAACAAAACGCUGUUCCUGCGGGACGUCGGUGGGACGGAGCAGACACACGCAGUGUGACAAGAGACGGUAGCAGCAACAGCUGGAAUCUAAACAAGGUCCAGUGCGUUUUCUCCUCUUCUCCCAAACUGGACAUGAUGGUGGAACUUUCCCAGUUUGAUUUUGACCUGCGCUGCUGCAGUGACUGAACCCACCGAGCUCGAUGACCUCGUCUGUAAUGUUGCUGUAGAGUUUCAGUGAAAAGAGAAGAUCCCUCUUCCAAUGCUCCUGCGGUUGACACAUCACCAGAACCUAAGGCAGAGGACCCCUCCAGGAUAGAGGUGGUCUCCGUGACAGAGGAGGACCUCCCCACUGUCGAGACCCCCAACACACUGAAUGUCAGCCCCCUGGGCAGCUUCACAGCGGACCCCCCGUCAGAGAACACCUCGGCCAAACCUGUAGAGCCCCAGUCUCCAGCUGCACCCAGUCCGACCAUGCCAAUCACAAAGGUGCAGCCAUUUCUCCCAGAGGAUGACUUGCAGAAGAGCUGGAAGGACAAACUGCUGGCCCGUCGCGUGGAGCUGUUAAUGGCUUCGUGCCUCAUCUUGGUGGUCACUCUCGCUCUCAGCAUCGGACUUGGAGUGGGUCUGAGCUGUGUGGGCAGGUUUCGCUGUGGCUCGUCGUCUCAGUGCGUCAGCGCCUCCGCCCAGUGUGACGGAGAGGUUCACUGUGACGGGGGAGAGGACGAGCUCGGUUGUGUACGAUUGAGUGGGAGGAGCUCGGUGCUGCAGGUGCAGAGAGGGGGAGUGUGGCGGACCGUCUGCUCAGAGGACUGGAACAACUGGUUGGGGGUCUCUGCCUGCAGGCAGCUGGGAUACUCCAGGUAUGUGGAGUCAUUCUUCGUUUCUCUGACCUCCAUUGAGCAAGAACUCCAGCAGAACCUGGUGUCCAUCAGCCUGAACCAGUCCCAGAUCAUCAAGCUCCAGAACACCACGACCCUCAGUAAGACGGAGUGCAGCUCAGGGCGGGUGACCACCGUGAAGUGUCUGGAGUGUGGCUCCAGGCCUCAGUACAACACCCGUAUCGUUGGGGGGAACCUCUCCGGCCCAGGGCAGUUCCCCUGGCAGGUCAGCCUCCACUACAGCAGCGAGCACCUGUGUGGAGGCUCCAUCAUCACGUCACGCUGGAUCCUGACGGCGGCGCACUGUGUGUACGGCUUCUCAGAUCCGACCAUGUGGGCGGUCCACGUGGGGCUGACGGAGCAGCCCGUCCACGGGGCCCAGUCUCUGGCUGUGGAGAGGAUCGUCUACCAUUCUCACUAUCGGCCCAAAGGCCUGGACUUCGACAUCGCACUGAUGAAACUCACCAGGCCUCUCGUUUUCAAUGGCCUAGUGGAGCCCAUCUGCCUGCCGAAUCAUGGGGAGGAGUUUGCGGCGGGCACCAUGUGCUGGAUCUCUGGAUGGGGAGCGACGGAGGGUGACGGGGAGACCAGUGUGGUUCUGCGCUCGGCUGUGGUUCCGCUGCUCUCCACUCAGACCUGCAACCAGCCAGAAGUUUACCACGGCCUCAUCUCCUCCGGGAUGAUCUGUGCCGGCUACCUGGAGGGAGGAACCGACUCCUGUCAGGGGGACAGCGGCGGCCCCCUGGCCUGUGAGGACUCUGCUCUGUGGAAGCUGGUGGGAGCGACCAGCUGGGGAAUCGGCUGCGCAGUGAGGAACAAGCCCGGAGUUUACACCCGCAUCACACAGUCGCUCAGCUGGAUCCGCCAACAGAUGGAGAGAGAAGAGGCCCACAUGUCUUCAGCAUCCAGCACAGACAACUGAAUCAGAUACACUUCCUGUUUGGAUGGCAUCACAUUUCACAGAAACACCAGAAACUGUACCACAGCAGACAGAAGUGAAGAGACGGUGCACGGCAGAG